AUCCUGUCCAAAUUCGCUGCACCCGCCACAACCCCUCUCGGCUCCUCCUCCGCAUCUGCCCCCCUCCCCGAGCCUCCGCCGAAGCAGCCCCUGAUGGCUCGGCUGUUCAACAUCCUGGGGCACUUCUCCAUGCUGCUCUUCUUCGUCUCCCUUAUAGUGCUCCCCACGCACUUCAUACAGCGCGCCAAGGGCCUGCCAGGCGUGCAGCUGCUGCUGCUGGAUCUGCCAGACGGGGUGAUGGAGCUGCUGUGCACGGCUGUCAUUGUGCUCUCUGCUGAGAGGGCUCUUUUCCGGCUGAGGAAUAUCAUAACAUCGCGGCUCUUGAGAAGCGUGCAGCUGUUGCUGCUGGACCUGCCUGACGGGGUGAUGGAGCUGCUGUGCACGGCUGUCAUUGUGCUCAGUGCUGAACGGGCUCUCUUUCGGCUGAGGAAUGUCAUCACUUCACGGCUAGUGAGUAACGGGGGAAGCAACCGGGGGAAUGGGAAAGGGGGGGAGGUAGAGGGAGAGGGUGGGGGCGACCAUGGGAAGAAGGCGGAGGGGGAGGGAUGGCUGCUGACAGUGACGCUGGUGCAAGGGGAGGGCGUGGGGGAGGCAGGGGCUUGGCAGCAGCAAGAGCGACCCUCUCACCUCACCAUUCCUAUUCAAUCUCUCCCCCACACCUGGGGCGACCAUGGGAAGAAGGCGGAGGGCGAGGGGUGGCUGCUGACAGUGACGCUGGUGCAAGGGGAGGGCGUGGGGGAGGCUGGGGGGGUGGGCAGCAAGAGCGACCCAUAUGUGGUGUUCACGUGCAAUGGCAAGACACGCACCAGCUCCGUCAAGCUGCAGACCAACCGCCCGGUGUGGAACGAGGUGCUAUCCUUUGAUGCAUUUGAAGACCCCCCAUCCACACUAGACGUUGAGGUGCUUUCCUUUGAUGCAUUCGAGGACCCACCAUCAACACUAGACGUGGAGAUCUUUGACUACGACGGGCCCUUCUCAGCGCCCACAGCGCUGGGGCAGGCCGAGGUUGACCUCGUGCUAUCCUUUGAUGCCUUUGAAGACCCCCCCUCCACGCUAGACAUUGAGAUCUUUGACUACGACGGGCCCUUCUCAGCGCCCACAGCGCUGGGGCAGGCCGAGGUGGACCUUGUCAGGUCUAGUGCCCAGGAACUGGCGGACCUCUGGGUGCCACUGCAGGGCGGGCCGAGGGUGGAGGCGCGCAAGGGGGGGAAGGCGCAGGGGCAGGGGCAGGGGGUGGAGGCGAGGCUGCAGCUGAGGGUGCUUCUAACGAGUACGAGUGAGGCAUCUCCUCCGAUGAUCAUUGAGCGGAUCAGCAAGCAGGUCGGCAAGGAGCUCUUGCGUAUCUCCGAUGAGAAGAAUACGGCCUUCCAUAAUUUAUUUGACCUGCCCGACAACGAGCCUCUCAUCAACGACUUCUCCUGUGCACUCAAGAAGAACCUCCUCUCCCAGGGCCGGCUUUUCCUGUCCCCGCGUCUACCAGCCUUCCAUGCAUCGCUGUUCCAAGGCCGGCUGUUCCUCUCGCCCCGACUGCUCGCCUUCCACGCGUCCCUCUUCCGAGUGCGCAUAAAGCUGGCGGUGCGGUGGGAGGACAUAGACGAGCUCAAGGAGAAUGCGCCCUCCAUCCACUCCAUCAACCGCCUCCUCAACCCCUCCAUCACCAUCUACGUCAACCCGGGCAGAGGGGGGCCCGACACGCGCAGCGCUGCUUAUGGAAUCGAUCCUUCUGGCCGCCUCAAGAUCCGGUUCCAGUCCUUCGCUCGCCCCACCAUAGCCUUCCGCCCGCCCUCCAUCCACUCCAUCAACCGCCUCCUCAACCCCUCCAUCACCAUCUACGUCAACCCGGGCCGCGGCGGCCCCGACACGAGCAGUGCUGCGUAUGGAAUUGACCCCUCUGGACGGCUGAAGAUCCGGUUCCAGUCCUUCGCUCGCCCUACCAUUGCCUUCCGCCUGCCCUCCAUCCACUCCAUCAACCGCCUCCUCAACCCCUCCAUCACCAUCUACGUCAACCCGGGCCGAGGGGGGCCCGACACACGCAGCGCCGCGUAUGGGAUCGACCCCUCGGGCCGACUCAAGAUUCGGUUCCGCGCUGUGGCGCCACAGACCGCUGCGGCGCUGCCCCCCAAGCAGGUUGUGAUGAACCCCCUCUCUCUCAUCCCCCCUUUCCCCCCUCCCCCUUUCCCCCCCAGGCUGAUAACAGCGCUCCUGAUAACAGCGCUGUGGCGCCACAGGGCGCUGCCACCCGAGCAGCAGCUGGAGCGAGCCAAGGAGGCCGCCACUGCUGCCCCUCGAGCAGGCUGGCGCUGCCCCCCGAGCAGGUUGCUGAUAACAGCGCUGUGGCGCCACAGAGCGCUGCCCCCCGAGCAGCAGCUAGAGCGAGCCAAGGAGGCCGCCACUGCCGCCGCUGCUGCAGAGGCGGGCGGGGCAGAUGCAGCGGCAACGGCAGGAGCAGGGGGGCCGGGGACAGGGGCUGGAGCAGGGGCAAGCGCAGGGGCAGGGGCAGGGGCAGGGGCAGGGGCAGGGGCAGGGGCAGGGGCAGGGGCAGGGGCAGGGGCAGGGGCAGGGGCAGGGGCAGGGGCAGGGGCAGGGGCAGGGGCAGGGGCAGGGGCGGCGGCAGGGGAAGGGAUGGUGCGAAGCGCUUCCCAGGGCUUUGGGGUUGGGAGUGGAGGGGGUGUGGGUGUGGGCGGAGCAGCAGGGGUGAAAGGAGGGGCUGGAGGGGGUGCUGUUGCUGGCAGUGGUGGUGGGGCAGUGGGGAGUGACGGGGAGGGAGUGGAGGAGCAGGGGGGGGUGUGCACAGACGUGUAUGAGAUGAUUGACUGCAUCAGCACUGCCGUGCCCAUGACGGUGGCCCAGUUCCUGGCGAUGACAGAGCAGCAGCAGCUGCAGCGCAAGGUGGCAGACGCCACGGGCCAGACCCACCUGGAGGUCUCCGAUUGGGUGGCUGUGGACGGCGCGCCGCCCGGAGCCGCCCGGCGCCAACGCAACAUCAAGUUCAAGUUCUCCCGCCAGAUGUCGCCGUUUGGGACCUCCGUGUCGGGCGUGCAGCAGGCCACUAAGGACGCGACACCUGGCAUGUGCACGUGGGCGAUGCUGGAGGAGUCGAUCACUCUGCAUCAAGUGCCCUUUGGAGACUACUUCCAGGUGGAGACGAAGAGGGAGCUCAAGUCACAGCAGCUUCUGAAUGGCAAUGAGGAUGUAAGUGCGGAGGAUAAGGCACAUAGACUGAACGAGCGUGUGUCGGAGCUCAAGACAACGGUGGGCAUCACAUGGCAAAAGCAGGCAAAUGAACGCACCCGUGUCAAGAUCAAGGCGAAUGUUGGUGAGUGGUUCAAGGAGCACAAUAAGAGAGUGCUGGACAUGGUGGUAAGGGAGGCCAUUGCAGCCACCCAAGGAGGUCCUGCCUCCCUCGCCGCAUCUCGCCGCAAUCCUCGUGGACAGGGCCGGGUUCGUCCACUGCUAUCGCCCGCCACCUACCGUCCAACUUUCCCCCACAUCCCCCCCUGCACAUCCGUCCCCACCACAUCCAAACCCGUUCCCCCACCUUCCACAUCCACCCUCCCCGCCACUUCCACCCCCUUUCCCCACAUUCACACAUCCACCACCUCCCUCACAUCCACUCUCUCUCCCCCCCUUCUCCCCCCCCAACCCCCCCACACAUCCAACCCCCCACAUCGCCGCAGGCGCACCUGGUUCCCGUCGGCGCAGCUGGCGGCAAUGCUGGUGGAGCGGGGCGGCUGCGAGUUCCCCAUCCAGCUGAACGCGCGCGGCGCGCUGGAAGGCCCGUGGGUGAACCACUCCUCGCACGACCCCCACGCGCUCCUCGACCUCGUCUCUCGCUCCUCCUCCUCCUCGUCCUCCUCCUCAUGGGAUAGGCGACACGCGUUUGCGUCGGACGCGGACGGGGGGAGGGUGGGGGAGGCGGAGUUUUACACGCCCGCGCGGUACCAGGCGCUGGGGAAGGUGGUGGCGGCGGAGGAGGGGGAGGACGACGGGAAGGCGCCGUGGGGGCACGUGGUGGAGGGGUUGCUGACGGCGGGCACGCUCAGCACGGGUAACCGACUUACUCUCGCGUUUGCUCGGCUGGCAGAGAGUCCGGGUGGAGGGGCUGUUGAUGACGGCAAGGCGCCGUGGGGGCACGUGGUGGAGGGGCUGUUGAGAGUGGUGGUGGGGGAUAGGGGGAUAAGAGGGGAUGGAGAGAUCUCUCCUGCCACAUACGUCACCUGCGUGCCUGGGAGCAAGCAGGGCAUCAGCAAGGGGCUGGGGAAGGCGGGCAUGGUGAAGCAGAUCAUGUUCCCUGCCAUGGCCGUCAACCCCAAGGUAACUCCCCAUGCCCCUGCAAUCCUCCCCACUCCACUGCAUUCCUCCCCACUCCACUGCAUUCCUCCCCACUCCACUGCAUUCCUCCCCACUCCACCGCAUUCCUCCCCACUCCACCACAUCCAUCUAUAUCUCAUUCCUCUGCUUCUCCCUCACCGCUUCCCCACUCCCCCUCCCCCCACCAAGGCCCAUGUGUCCCUCCCCACUCCCAUGCAUUCCCCCCCACCACCCUUUCCGUCCCCCCUCUUCCCCUCCCCAUCUGCAGAUGCAGCCAUGCUCAGCGCAUGUGCCCAUAGUGCUAGGUCGUGUGUACCUCCUCUGCGGCUCCUACCGUUGGCUUACCUCCCUCUCCCGCUCUCCGUCCCCCUCUCCGCCCCGCCCUCUCCACCCCCGGUUUCUCCCCCCCAUCUGCAGAUGCAGCCAUGCCUGGCGCAUGUACGAAUAGUGCUAGGGCGUGUGUACUUCCGCUACGGCUCCUUCCUGGAAGAUACGCGCAAGCUCAAGCGCAUCAACCUGGCAGUCAAGAUGAUCCUCCACGCCAUCACUGCCUACGACCUCCGAUGUGCGUCUCUGUCUAUACGAUCCCCUGUUGUGAAACGAGCUCCACUGCGAGCAGAGCUAUUCAUAAACGCGUGUGACAAGCCCGUCAGCUUUGACAACUCGCUCUCCUCCGGCUGCUCCGGCUUCCCAGUCUUCAGCACGCAGUGGACGCCCGGAUCCACGGACAUACUGUUCCCCGACCCCCUCGACCUCGACUACUCGCCCCCGGUUCAUGCGGAGCACGUGCCCUGGGCCAAGAAGGAAGGCAGGGCGGUGUGGCGCGGCAGCGGGUUUGAGUUCCAGCUGAAGCCAUACAACUGGGCCUCCAGCUUCCGCCUGCGCCUGCACCGAACCUCCGACUCUCGCCCGGACCUGCUCGACGCACGGAUCUCCAGCUUCGGCCCGAUAGACCUGGCCGACCCUAAAGAUAUGCUCAAGAAGAACGGCUUUGUGUUGGCGGAGGAGCUGGAGGAGGGGGUGAAGGAGAGCGCAUUCAAGUACGUGGUUGUGGUGGAUGAGAUGGUGGGCUCUCGUGACACGUGUCGCGCUCUGAGUGGCCAGCAGGCCAUUAUUCGCCACCAGUCGGGCUUCAUGCAGUAUUUCGAGCCACUCAUGCUGCCCGGAGUACACUACAUCCCCGUUACACACAGCUUCACGGACGUGGUGGCAGCAGUGGAGUGGAUGAGGCAGCACGACGACGCAGUGCACACCAUGCUGCUCAACGCAAACGAGCUCGCCUCCCACGUGUGCACGUGGCAAAGCCGAGUCCACUACUGGGCCGUGCUCCUCGCCAAGUACGCCGCUAGAGCCAUGGAAACCCCGCAAGCCGUUGCCGCGCCUACUGUUUGCCCGGGCGGCAAGGCUGUGGAUAUGACCAAGGUGAAGAAGGAGGUGAUGCAGCCAUGGAUAGCCAAGAGGGUGACAGAGCUUCUGGGCGUGGAGGAUGAAGUACUCAUCAAUUUCAUUCACAGUCUGCUCGACGGCAAGAAGGUGGACGGCAAGCAGGUCCAGAUUCAGUUAACCGGCUUCAUGGAGCGCCACACGGCGCGCUUCAUGCGCGAGCUCUGGUGCUUGCUGCUCAGCGCGCAGGCCAACGUCAGCGGCAUCCCGCAGAAGUUUCUCGACGAAAAGGCCGAGGAGACGAGGAAGAAGAAGGAGGCGGAGCAGCGCAUUUUGUCGGAGAUAGGGCGCAAGAGGGGGGUGCAGCAGGGCUCGUUGCUGGGCCCUGGCGCUGCCGCUGCUUCUAUCCCGCGAGUGCCUUUUGAUGUCUCCCUCUCUCUGCGGGUACCUCGCGACUUUGCGUGUGAAGACCAAGAGGAUGGGAGACAAGAUGCUGUAGGAGCAGCUGCUGCUGCUGCUGAUGCAGGUGGUGACGAGGGAAAGCCGGAGCAGGAUCAGGGCCCCUUGCCUCCGCCCCCUCGAAACCGCUCCCCCGCCCGCCGUCGCCAUCGCUCGCGCUCUCUCUCCCGGUCCCCUCCCCGCCACCGCCGCUCCUCGUACCGCUCCCCCCUGCCGUCGUCCUACCGCAGCAGUCGCUACCGCUCCCCGCCUAGAAGCCGCGGGUACCAGCGCGAGCGCUCGCCGCCAGGGGACUAUCGGCGCAGAGGGGGGGGGUCCCGGCGGCAGGAGUCGGUAUCGCCGCCCGCGCGUCGGUCGUCCCGGCAGGACGAGUCGUUCUCCCGGUACCCUCCGCCGCCUGGCCGGUCGAUGCGGGGGCGAGAGGAAGGCAGGUUCGACAGAGGACGGGGCGAGAGGGGGCGGGAGGUGAGAGAGUGGGAGGAGAGAGGGAGGGAGGAGAGGAUACGGGGUGAGCGACGAAUAGAUGAACGAGGCUCCGGAAAAGACAGGGGCACGUCGUUCAAACGGGGGGUUCCCAGUAGGGAUAGGGGCGGCAGGGAGGAGUAUGGCGACGAGGAGGAGGAGGAGGAAGAGGAGGAGUAUGAAGAGGGCGUGCGGGGUGGUGUGCGCAAGGAGGCUAGGAGAGGAGGGGUAGGGCGGCGAGAUGAGGAGGACGACGACGAGGAGGAGGAGGAUGGGGAAGGAGUGGAGGGUAGGAAGGGUAGGGCGGGUCGAUUGUUGGAGGAUGUGGGGGCAGACGAAGAGGUGAUGGUGAGGGGAAGGGGCCCGGCUGUCGCGGGGAGGGGUGCCAAGGGCGGCGCAGGUGCGGGCAGGGGUGGGGGCAGGGAUGGGGGCAGGGGUGGGGGCAGGGAUGGGGGCAGGGAUGGGGGCAGGGAUGGGCGGAGAGAUGGGGCAAGGGAUAGGGGCAGGGAUGGGGGGAGGGGUACGGGGAGGAUUGGGGGCAGGGAUGGGGACAGGGAUGGGGACAGGAAUGCGGGGAGGGAUGGGGGGAGGGAUGUGGACAUUCCAUCCCCUGGUGCUGAUGAGAGUGAGGGCGAGGAGCCGAAUGGCGUUCCAAAAGCUUUUGAAAGGUCUGGUGGCAGGAGGGAGGACGAAGGGAAAAGGGGAAGGGGUGUGGUUGAGGAGGGGGAUGAGGAGAAUAGGUGGGAUGAGGAUGGGGAGAGGAGGCAGGGUGAGAGGGGGAGGCAUGUCGCGCGUGGGGGGAAGGGGGGCGGAUACGAGGGGCGUGCGCAUGAGAGGCGAGAUGAGGAGAGGGGAACAGGAAGGGGGGAGGGGCGUGGAGGGCUGAGAGCAGGGUACGAGGAUGAAAGGGGCGGGGAGAUCCGAGAGGGGCCUAGGGGUUUUGGCAGCAAGGGACCUAGCAGCAAGGGAACUAGCAGAAAGGGGCCUAGCGGUAGGGAUGGGCCAGGGGAGGAUUGGGAGGAGGAGCGGGGUGCUGGAGCUGGUGCUGAUGCAGGCGCAUUCCACAUCCUAGCAGCGCUCGCCUUCUUCUGCGAGGGGAUGCUCUUCUCUCUUCACCCCACGGCUUGCUCCCCAUCCUCUCCUCACCCCUCUCCCCCCUCACCCCUCUCCCCCCUCACCCCUCUCCACCCAUUCCCACCCCUUCCCCCACAGCCUGCUCCCACUCCCCCUAGGCGCGUUCCACAUCCUAGCAGCGCUGGCCUUCUUCUCCUGCUCCCUCUUCCCCUAGGCGCGUUCCACAUCCUAGCAGCACUCGCAUUCUUCUGCGAGGGGAUGCUCUUCACUCUCCACUCCACGACCCACCACGGCCUCGAGCCGCGCUAUCACAUGCUGCUCGCCAUCGCCAUUUCUGCCUGUGUCGUGUGUGCUCUGCUGGCCGCUGCCAUGCCGCACUCCUUCCUGCUUGACGCGGUUGGCAGCGGCGCCAUUGUCCUGCAGGGCCUCUUGUUCUGGCAGACCGCCAUGUCUCUCUAUGGCCCCAUGGUGCCAGCAGGCUGCUACCUGGGUCCUGACACCGUGCACUGUGACUCCGAUGAAAGCGAGCAUCGAGCCGAGGCCCUUGCCGUGCUGCAAUUCAUCGCCCUCCUCGCCUGCACCCUCGUGCUCGCACUCGUGUAUUACGGUGCGGUUGCGAGCACUGCUCCUCGGCCGGCUCUUGAAUUUAUCCAUGCAACGCAUGCUGUGGAAUGCGGAGAGGGGGAGGGAAAGGAUGGUACUAGUGGGAGUGGGAAUGGUGGCAAGGGAGAGGUUGUGUUGGGGGCGCUUAGUGCGCAUGAGAACGGUAUGGACACAGAUGCAGGUGUAGACGAGGAGAAAGGGCUUCUAUCUUGA